CACCGAGUCCGCCCACAGUGCGCGCCGCUGACGCGAGGAGAUGAAAUUCCCGGCCUCUGUGCUGCCGUCCGUGUUCCUGUUCGUGGCCGAGACGACGGCGGCGCUCUACCUGAGCAGCACCUACCGCUCGGGCGGGGACCGCAUGUGGCAGGCGCUGACGCUGCUUUUCUCGCUGCUGCCCUGCGCGCUGGUGCAGCUCACGCUCCUCUUCGUGCACCGCGACCUCAGCCGCGACCGCCCGCUAGUGCUGCUGCUGCACCUGCUGCAAUUCGGGCCUCUCUUCAGGUGUUUUGAAGUCUUCUGCAUCUACUUUCAGUCAGACCACAAUGAAGAGCCUUAUGUCAGCAUCACCAAGAAGCGGCAGAUGCCAAAAAAUGGCCUCUCAGAGGAGAUUGAGAGGGAGGUCGGCCAGGCAGAAGGCAAGCUAUUCACUCACCGAUCUGCAUUCAGCCGGGCAUCGGUGAUCCAGGCUUUCCUGGGCUCAGCCCCCCAGCUGACCCUGCAGCUGUAUAUAAGCGUCAUGCAGCAGGAAGUCACUGUUGGAAGAAGCCUCCUCAUGACCAUAUCCCUGUUGUCCAUUGUGUAUGGAGCCUUGCGCUGCAAUAUCCUAGCCAUCAAAAUCAAGUACGAUGAGUACGAGGUCAACGUGAAGCCUCUGGCCUAUGUCUGUAUCUUCCUCUGGAGGAGCUUUGAGAUUGCCACACGAGUUGUAGUCCUGGUUCUCUUUACCUCCGUCCUGAAGACCUGGGUGGUGAUUAUCAUACUCAUCAACUUCUUCAACUUCUUCUUGUACCCCUGGAUCCUCUUCUGGUACAGUGGCUCCCCAUUCCCUGAGAACAUAGAGAAGGCCCUCAGUCGAGUGGGUACCACCAUCGUACUAUGCUUCCUCACUUUACUCUAUACCGGUAUCAACAUGUUCUGCUGGUCUGCUGUACAGCUGAAAAUCGACAGCCCUGACCUCAUCAGCAAGUCCCAGAAUUGGUAUCAGAUACUUGUAUAUUAUAUGAUGAGAUUCAUUGAGAAUGCCAUCCUCCUCCUCCUGUGGUAUCUUUUCAAGACUGACAUCUAUAUGUAUGUGUGUGCACCUCUGUUGAUUCUGCAGCUGCUCGUUGGGUACUGCACAGCCAUUCUCUUCAUGCUUGUAUUCUAUCAGUUCUUCCACCCUUGCAAAAAACUCUUUUCCUCUAGUGUUUCUGAAAGCUUUCAGAGGUGGCUCAGGUGUUUCUGCUGGGCCUGCAGGCAGCAUAAAUCCCAUGGGCCAGUAGAAAAGACAGAUGUAAAGUCGUCCAGAAGUAGAGAUGAGACACCGUCUAGCAGUAAAACAAGACCUGAGCCCAGUCAGUUCUUGGAUGCUGAAGAGCUCUGCUCUGCUUAA